GUAGUAACUAGAAAGCAAUUAAGGGAAGCUCUAACAAACCCAUGAAAGGACCAACUUGUUAGAGUGAUAACCACGUCUCUGUGAUGUGGCUCUAUUCUCCAUUCCCAUGGCACCACCAUCCUCUCCUCCGCUCGUCGACAAUUGCGAUGCCGAGCGCCGCCUUCGCGAAGCGGAGGAGCGCCUCCGGGACGCCAUCGAGGAGCUCCAGCGCCGGCAGCGCCGCGCCGCCUCUCACGCCCAGCAGCACCGCCACGUGGACUCGCCGCCCUGCGAUCACGGCCCCGACGAGUCCUGCUUGGCUCACGCCAUUGGCAACCUCUGCCUGACCUUCCUCCUCUCCUACGGCGUCAGAGUCGGCAUUGGCAUACUCCUCCUCGCCUUCAAGCUUGUUGGAGGACAAUCCUACUCCUCUCUCCUCGAUCUCAAGGAUGUUAUCUGUAUGUUCAAUUCUUUUGUAGCUAAUAUGAUUCGGUGGAAUGGUUGAAGCUUUUGUAGGUUUCAGUUGUUGUCAGCAACAUGUUUCAGAAAAAGAUCUGAUAGUAAGGGAAGAAGCAUGCCGCAUUGGUAUUCUUUUUGGUGGUUUCACUGGAUUUUAUCAUGCUCUUAGAUGCUUGUUGCGAAAAUAAAGGGCAGAAACUUGUUUUAUUUAUAAUUAUAAUUAUGCCAUCGCCUUUUGUUAACAUCCGUCUAGUGAUGUUAAAUCCUAUCUUUGUAGUAGCUGAGUGAGCUUCACCAACUGUAAUCAAAAUAAAGGUUACGGUGGAUUAAAUCCAUUGUAAUUUAGUUUUUAA